UUUCGGCUUGGCUGUUUUUUUUGGUUUGCAGUCUUCUUUUCCGUUAAGCUAGCUAGUCGCCUUCGAUCAACCGCUACACCUGCUAACAGUUUCUCGUAUUGAUCCUCCCUCAAGCACUCACAACAUGGAUGAUUUUGAUAUGCUGAACGCGCCAGCAGCUGGAAACGGCGUCGGCUCGGACGAAGAUCCCGCUGCCGCGUUCUUGGCCCAGCAGGAGAGCGAAAUUGCGGGGAUUGAAAACGACGAAGGCUUCAGCAUCCUCGACGGCGGGGAGAUCCCCUCGUCGCUGGGAGACGCUAACGAUGGAGCUGUCAAUGGAGAUCUACAUGUGGAAAGCAACGGUCCAUCUGAUGCCUAUGCAGCCAUUUCCAAUGCAGACCGGCUGCAGGCCGAACCUGAGAGCCUACGCAAGUGGAGGGAGGAGCAAGGCGAGCGCUUGGAGUUGCUAGAUCAAAACUCUGUGAAGCAGGAGUCCGAAUGGAAGGACAAAGCCAAAGUAGAGCUGGAAGAGUGGCACGCCAGGCAGGACGAGCAGCUGCAGAAAACCAAAACUAAUAACAGGGUGCUGGAUGAAGACUUCUACAAGCAGCCCUUCUCUGACCUCAUUGGUUAUGUCACACACAUUAACCAUCCUUGCUACCGCCUAGACCAGGCGGCUGAGGAGGCAAUGGUUUCCGACCUGGAUGAGAACAACCCGGGCACAGAGUGGGAGCGGGUGGCUCGGCUCUGCGACUUCAACCCAAAGUCCAGCAAGCAGGCCAAAGACGUGUCCCGCAUGCGCUCCGUCCUCAUCUCCCUGAAGCAGUCCCCGCUCGUCCGCUAGGCGAGGAAGACUGCUCAGGUCGUCAUUUCCUAUCAUCGUUGUCCACACACACACACGUGCACACACACGCACAACAUCCACAAUCUGUAUUCUGAAGGACACGGGUCUUACACCCAUUCUGUGUCUCCCAUAUCCCCCAAUAGAAGAAUAUAGCCAGUGGUCCUAACCUCAUCCAUCUGCACCUGACAGGGCUAUACAGAUCAGCCUUUAAGCACCGGCUCACCUCUAAUUCCUCUUCCUCCUUUUGAAAUGCUGGGACCCCCCCCCCCAGGCCUGUGUGAGCCACACCAGGUCCCAUGCUCGUGUGUAACACUUUGUAAGGCUGGUGAGUUGGAACACUAAAACCUGCUUCACACGACACCCAAACAAUAUCAUUCCCAUGAUGCUCUUGUCCGCCUUGUGAACCCUUAGACCCACACGCGUUGAUGUUUAAUGGUUCUGUUUGUUUGUUUCCCAUCCUUGCAAAAACAUGUGACAUGCAAGUAUGUCAGAAUUGUUGUUCUUUAUUUUUUUUGAGGACCAAACUCGACAACUCAUUCAGUGUGUGUACUUUGAACUGUGUGUGUGUGUGUGUGUUUAGAGUUUUCUCGUGUUCCAAUCUAUACAUUUCCUUUGAAAAGUGUCUCCAGUCAGGAACUUGACAAAGUCCAGCCAUUACAAUAAAUAUGACCCGUUUUGUGUGUGCGUUUGAACCUCAAAAGUUUGUGUAUGCACUCUUAUGCGUGUACCUAAUGUACAUAUACAGAAGGCAAUAUAUAUAAACAGUAUAUAACCGUCUGUCACUGAAAUUAUAGACAGUUGUGGUUUUAAAGAACUAGAUAUUAGCCAGCUGUUCAUUGUCCAUUUGAUUUCAACAUCAGUAAAAAAGUGAAUUAAA